AUGAUGGGGCAAGGCAUCCGACAACUCUUUCUCCUCCUUGCUUUGGACAUUUACACACAGAUGAGUGUGGGCCAAGAAAUCUCUCUCAAAUACGAUUUACUGGAACAGCAGUCUCGUGAAACGUUUGUGGGCAAUGUUGCCGUUGACAGUUUACUAAAGGCCAAUGUUACUCAGGAGGAACUAGAACGCAUGAAAUUUCAAAUUCUGACGCAGGGAAGUAAGGAUGCUUCAUAUUUCAUAAUUGAUGAAAAAUCGAGCACAAUCAAAACCGCGAGUGUUCUCGACCGAGAGGUCCUGUGUGAGUUUGAAGUUAAAUGUGUUCUCGAGUUCAGUGUAGCUGUGUACAAGCAGGACCAACAGCACAGCAGUCUAGAUCUCUUCAAAAUCUUUGCAAUCAAAGUUAAUAUUCUGGAUGCCAAUGACAAUGCUCCCACAUUUCCGCAAUCUCAGGUGGCGCUGGAUGUUCAGGAGUCAGUGCCGGUGGAUUUCGUUCUGCUGACCAGCGGAGCGGUGGACCCAGACAUGGGCAUCAACAACUCCAUAAAAUCCUACACGCUCAAACCCAGCAAUGAAAUGUUUGGACUUAAAGAAAUCAAAAACAUUGACGGCACCACAGACCUGGGACUUGUCGUGCGGUACAAGUUGGACAGGGAAACUUUAGAUUUUUACCAAGUGGAGAUUGUUGCCAAGGAUGGGGGAUUUCCGCAGCGCUCAGGGACGGUUAUGGUGAAUAUUACUGUGAUUGAUGAUAAUGACAAUAAACCAUUGUUUUCUCAGGCCAAAUAUGAUGCUUCUAUCCCAGAAAACCACCCUGUUGGGAAAAAUGUUUUAACUUUGUCCGCCCAAGAUUUGGAUAUUAAUGAAAAUGGUGAAUUUACAUUUGCAUUCAAUUCAAGAGUGCCACAAAAAAUUAAAGACAAAUUUGCUGUAAAUAAAACUUCCGGAGAGAUUUAUACAAUAUCAGAAAUUGACUAUGAGGAAGAGGAUAAUUAUCAGUUUUUAGUUGAAGUUCAGGACAAGGGAAGAGAACCAAAAUCCUCUACCUCCGUCGUGAACAUCAAUAUCUUGGACGUCAAUGACAACGCCCCACAAAUCAGUGUAAAUCUGCUUCCUGAUGGAACAGACAUCUUGGAAUCAGCAGAAGUUGGAAGAUACGUAGCUAACUUUGCCGUGUCCGACCUAGACAGCGGCCCAAACGGAGAAAUUCAGUGUCAAGUAUUGGGAGAAUUCUUCAAAAUUGAAGAAAUUUUUAACAACAUGUAUAAAGUUAUCAUCAAAAGUCCCCUGGAUUAUGAAUCUAGGCAUGUUCACAAUGUGACUAUACAGUGCCAGGAUCAGGGAAUUCCCCAGCACCAGAACACGUCCAGCUUCCUCAUCAACGUCCUGGAUGUGAAUGACAACAAUCCAGUGUUUCUACAGUCCAUAUACCGGGCCACCAUCAAAGAGAACAACCCUCCAAACGAAGUCAUCACAACUGUGAAAGCAGUUGACAAAGAUUCGGGUCUUGCCGGAAAAGUUACAUACUUCAUGCACACUGACGGAAGCGAUAGUUUCCAUGUUGAUUCAACAUCAGGGGUUAUAACUGUAAAAAAGUCACUGGACCGUGAAAUGUCACCUGUCAUUCUGUUUCAUGUGAAUGCAUCUGAUGCUGGCAACCCCCAGCUAAAAUCUUCCACCCUCAUCAGACUCACCCUGGAAGAUGAAAAUGACAACACUCCAAUGUUCAAGAAGUCUCACUUUGAAUUUUACGUCUUAGAGGAACAAAAGAACCUGCCCAUUGUUGGACGUCUGUUUGCAGAAGACCCAGACGCAGGUCCAAAUGGACAGUUCUCUUUUGACUUUGCCUCUCCUAGAUACCCUGAAUUUAUUUUAGACUAUGAUACCGGCUUGCUGAAGGCAGGAAUGCUGGAUAGGGAGCUAAAGACAGUGUAUAACUUCAAUGUGACCGUGACAGACAAGGGGAACCCCACUCGCUCUAGCAUGGCUCUCGUGACUGUCCAUGUAUUGGAUGCCAAUGACAAUAUGCCGCGAAUUAUUUACCCUGAUAACCAUAACAACACAAUCAAACUGAUGUACACCACCCCCAAGGAUUCGGUGAUUGCCAGAGUGGAGGCUGAUGACAUCGACGAAGGCAACAAUUCCGUUCUUUCCUUUUACAUCCAUAAAGUCGAACCCACAAAGCCUGACCUCUUCAAAAUGAAUGCAGAGACUGGAGAGUUGAUGAUCGCAAAGACCAUGCAUCUGUAUGACUCGGACUCAUACAGGCUAGUGCUGGGAGUGAAGAAUGGUGUUUUCACCAUGUUUGCUAACCUGAAUGUGAUCAUCACGGUCAGCAACAACACGGUCCUAGGAGCCCAGUCCCCAGGGUCAGGAGAAAAUAACAUCGUGAUCGUCAUAGCUAUUGUGGUGGUUACAGUCAUUCUCUCCGUGGCCAUCAUUGCAGCCAUUUGCAUCGUGAAGUACGUGGACCGGCACCGCCAGCAUCGGAAGGAAUCCAAGGCAGAGGUGCGCGUGGAUCUGAAGAACCCGGAGACCCUGGUGAUGGCCGGGACGCCCCAGUUCACAGACAUCAAGAGGAACAAGAAGGAGGUGAGCUUCUCCCUGAGUGACGAGGACUCCAUGAACAUCUCCUCACUGACCAACAUCACCUCAUUCUCCUCCUACCUCAAGAACCCCCACUCUGCCUACUCCAUGGACGGGAAACCUCUAGAGGGUCCCCAGGCUUGCAGUUCCAUUCUGACCAAUAGUAGCCAUCACUCGGAUUUUUCCAAGGACCAUCUGACUGAGAAGAAUCUGAACACCUUGUAUCACCAGAAGACCCCCUCACCAACAUGGCUGCAACAACUGCAGGAAAAGAACCGAAGAGACCAAGCAUUGAGAAAGGCAGGUGAUGACGACAGUGAAAUGUCUGCGGAAUCUGCUACCAGCGACAGUGGAAGAGGAGGGAGUGAGGAGGAUAUAAAUAGCAACAGGGGAAAUCCCAUGAGUGAUACAGAAGAAACAAGGCAGGCCUACAGCAACGAGUUUUCACCAGGGGAUCAAUCCCAUAAUUCCUCCAACAAGCACACCAACGUUUUACAUUCCAAUUACAGGAAACGGAUAUCCACCAAUGAGAAUUAUCCUCGAAACAUAAGUUUUAGUGAUGACAGUGUGACUGCAAAUACCACAGUAGAUAGUGCUAAAAAUAGACACGGACGCUCUAGUCAAGACAAUCACAACCAGACAUCGUUGUCUCGGAUUCUGUGCAUGUCGGCCGACAGAGGUUUGAGUUUUGUGAAUGGCCGCACACAUUUAGACACUCUGGAUGAGGCCACUCACAGUACUUUUGGUCUCCGUUACUCAUUACAAGACAUUGACGACACGGUCAGUGAGAGCGUUAUAACGCGAGACGAUGACGGAAACUCCACAACCACAUCCGGAAGUUACACCAUCAAUCCGGAUGAACUCGUACACGAGAUUGAUAAUUUGUUUUUCAAAUCCGAUGUUGUAGUCUAGUUGUGUCUAAAAUGACGACCAGAGAGUCCGUGUAAUGUGCCAAAAAUAUAUAUGCUGCCGUAUCUGUAGUUUGUUGCCAUGGUAAUGAAAUACAGGCCUACAGUUAUGUACAGCAAGACUUUAAAAAGUCACACUAAUUUAAAGGUGCUGUUUGAUGUCAAAUGACAUCAUCAAGAUAAUCAUAGUCAGUUACUUCAGGGUUUAGCUAGCAUCCAUUUCCUCUUAAUUCUAUAUAAAUUUAAAUUAUUGUUAACAUUAAAUCAGUAUUCUCUUGUAUGGUGAUAACAUAGAUCUCUUAUCAUGAUGUAAUCUUCUAAGUACAAUUGAAUGUGCAUUGUUUCUCAUUGUUUUUCACAGAAUGCAAAGCAUUCUCUUGCAUACAUUGAUGUUUUAAAUGACUAAUCAUUCAUUUUCAUUUUACACACUCCUUUUUAUCAUCAAAAAUUUGUUAUACUCAUUUUAUGCAAUUUUAAUAUGUCAAAUUGCAGUUGUUGAAUUCUGUACAUAGUGAAUUGUAAAUUGAAUUAUAUUUGACUUUUUACAAUGAAACAAAAUAAAGAAAUUGAAAAAAUUA